AUUGAGCUGCCUGCAUCACCCUCACUCCUGCCUGUCUUCUCCCGGUGAUUUCUGGGCUCUGUGAGUCCCCUUUUUUGUUUCCCCCGUUGUUCUUCGUGGCCUUUUGUUUAUGGCUGCCUUCCCCUUUCAACAUAAGCCGCUGGUCUGAUUGCAGGUUGCAUAAGGUUUUAGCGGCUUUAAAGUCGGCGUUGUUGGGUUAGUUUGAUCGUCAGCUUCGUAUAUUAGGUAUAAAGAUGAAUGUUGGUGUUGCACACAGUGAAGUGAAUCCUAACACAAGAGUAAUGAACAGCCGUGGAAUAUGGCUGACAUAUGCACUUGGUGUUGGAAUGCUUCAUAUCGUACUCUUGAGCAUUCCUUUCUUCACUGUUCCUGUUGUGUGGACUUUAACAAACGUAAUUCACAACUUGGGGAUGUAUGUGUUCUUGCAUGCAGUCAAAGGGACACCCUUUGAAACACCAGAUCAAGGGAAGGCAAGACUUCUGACACACUGGGAACAGUUGGAUUAUGGAGUACAGUUUACAUCUUCCAGAAAGUUCCUUACUAUUUCACCAAUUAUUCUGUAUUUCUUGGCCAGUUUUUAUACCAAAUAUGACCCAACGCAUUUUAUUGUCAAUACAGCAUCCCUCUUAACAGUGUUGAUUCCUAAGCUGCCUCAGCUACAUGGUGUUCGGAUCCUUGGAAUAAAUAAAUACUAAUUUGGAAGUGAUCACCCAUAUUCUAACAGGCUUGUUAAUAUUUACUGGGAAGACUUUAAAGCUGGUAAUCUACUGUACUGUUAACUAUAACUAGUGUAUUGAGCAGUCUGUAUAUCUUAUUGCCAUUUUCAUUGUUUGUAUCCAUUUCAAAAACAGUUUUGUUUGUUUUGUAAAAGGAGAAAGACAAAUGAAAUAUGGUAAUUGGUAUAAACACCAAAAAGCUUCCCUCAAGAACCUGGGCAGGCCCAGCUUUAAAAUUGCAAGGAGCUUUAUUAUACUUAAGAAAUUGUGCACACCUUCAUGAAGUUGGCACAAGUGUAUUAAAGAAAGGAAUUGUGUAGAAGUACAGCAACUUGGGACACUUGGGGUGAAAAGCUUGUUGCUAAUUUAUUAUAAGGUACAGAGGAAUAUGCCACUGCCAUUAUUAAAAGAUGGUUGGCAGAUUGACUUUUAAGAUUAUUUUUGUCAUCUUAAAUCUUCAUUAAAAGCACACGAUUGCUUUUGUUUUCUUUUGAAGUUGAAGAAAAUUAUGGUACAGGGAUAGAUUUUGUGGAUAAUCAAAGUAAACACUUGAUACAGUAAACUAAUGUAAUCCAUUUCAUGGAUUAUACCAGUAACAGUUGUUUACUGGUUUCACUUUUAUCAGUUACCAAAAUGAAAUACUUCAUUGCUUGGAAUACAUAUAUAGUAGGAUACAUUCUUCUGUAAGAUGUAAUAUCACUUGACAAAAUGCACUCAAUCUAUAAAAGUGAUAUUCUGCUGUGUACUAGUUUCUAUGUAUAGUUUAUGCUGAAGGGAAUUAUUAUGAAAUUGUACUUUGGAAAACCUUAUGAUUUGUAAUGUAUUUUGGCUGAUCAUAUUUUAGUUUGUUUGCCAAUUGAUUGUCAGCUGUUCUAUACCACUGAUCUGUCUUGAUUUAGUUUCAGUGGUGACGUCAAUUUGUCAGUGUUCAAGCAUUUACAAUUCUCAUGUUAAUUUCUUGAUCUGUUGCUUGUUUCAGAAAAAAAAUGUUGAGUGGGAGCUAACUAGCUUCAUGUAGAAAGAUUAGUAUUAUCAGCCCAGUUGCUUUUGGUCAAAUCUUAGCUGAUUUAACAGUGACACUGAUACAGUAUUGGGAGUAGGUUGUCUUGCUAUUUUUUCAGGCUUUUUUUUGCUUGCAACAGCAUUACUCUUGGAGUUGCUGCAAGGAAUUAUAUAAGCUGCCCAAAGUUUUGACACUUCAAUUUGUGUCUGCUGAUUUAGCAAAUUUUGCAGUCUGCCAUUUAAGAUUAGCGGCAACACAAAUAAAUGGAGUUGGUUUGAUACUCCAUGUUAGGAUGAAUGGUUAUCAUAGAAAUGCAACCAUUACUUAAGACCACAUGUUUGGUCUGUGCAUUUGAACGUUUGAUUUGAAGUAGAAUUUAGCAUUGGUAAAUAUAAAAAUCAGUUUUAAACUUUUUUUUUUACUUUUUUCCAAAAAUGCACAACAUGUCUGUGCACAUAAAACAACUUUAAGGGGAAAAGUUAAUUCUUAUAAACAACAAAACAAUUUUGACCUUAAUGGUAUUGUGGCUGAUAUUUUUUAAAACUUUGCUAAUUGACUUAUUAAUGCUGUAUAUUGAAUGCUGACUGCUUCCCUCCAUUCAGAAUUUCAGAAUCAGCAAACUGAAUGUUAAGUAUUGGAGAGAUAAAUGUAUAUUUUGCUGUGAUUCAUUGUUAUAUUACAUUUAUUUUUGUAUUUGGUGUUGGUUUUUCCCCUUAAUUUAAGGGUGCUAAUUCAUUUCCAAACUACUUUGGCAUUCCUAACCUAUAGCUUUGUUCACAUGUUGAAAAGUAAUGCCAUGUUUAAAUUCAGAUGGUGGUAGAAAGCAAUUGACUAUAAAGGUAUAAAUAAGUUUGAAAGGAGCAGAAAGGCCAUUAUUAAAAAAUUAUUCAAGGA